ACUGGUAUAGGCGAAGCAAGCGACGGGGAACCUGUGAGCGAGAAAAAAGAAAAGGAAACUUGCGAAGCAGCAGCAGCAGCAGCCGCCGAAACGAAACUGGACCGCAGAAUCCUUAUCCUUUUAUCGUUUCUUGGAGGAUUGAAAUACUUCGUCCCCCCCUCCUCCUCCGCUCUUGUGCUGCUUCUGCAACACCAAGUUCGAUUUUUUCUUGCGGGGGGGCGUUCUUCUCGCUGAGUUCUGUCGUGGGUUGCUCUCGAAAAUUCUUCUCGACCCACUUUCUCUCUUUGCCCAAAUCGAAUAGUUCUGUUUCUGUUCUCCGGGGUCCUUUCCUUCUUCUUGGCCUCGUUUCUUUUUCCACUUUCUUGGGUGGGGUCUGUUAUGGCUGUUGUUCUGGAGAUUCUGAGAGGAGCCACGAGCGGGGCGUUCUUGGGUGAGGCCUUGGUGCUGGUGGCUUGUGUGGGGAUUUCGGUGAUUCUUGGAGUUCUAGUCGGAUGGUCGUGGAGACCCGGGUGGGUUUCUCGAUCUGCGGAGGACAUAUCCGAAGCGCCGACUUUCGCUGACCCUCCAACCGCCAUUUCUGACUCCAGUUCGUCACGGGGCGAGAGAGAGAAAUCGGGCCUUGUCAACGGUGAUGAUUUGGAGCAUCUGUGCCGACUCGUGGAGGUCAAAGAUGGAGGGCCUGCUUGGAUUCAGAUGAUGGAGAAGUCGGUGCCCACCAUGAGCUAUCAAGCUUGGCGAAGAGAUCCUGAGACCGGGCCUCCCCAAUACCGGAGUAGGACUGUUUUUGAGGACGCGACACCUGAAAUGGUGAGGGACUUCUUCUGGGAUGAUGAGUCCCGGUUGAAGUGGGACGAUAUGCUUGUUAAAGCUUCGAUUUUGGAGGAGUGCCCUACUACUGGAACCAUGGUGGUGCAAUGGGUCCGUAAGUUUCCAUUCUUCUGUAGUGACAGAGAAUAUAUCAUAGGCCGACGGAUUUGGGAAUCAGGACGAUCGUACUAUUGUGUUACAAAGGGAGUGCCUUGCUCCUCUGUUCCUAGGCAAAAUAAACCAAGACGUGUGGACCUAUACUACUCAAGUUGGUGCAUCCGUGCAGUUGAAUCUAGAAGAGGCGAUGGCCAGCUAACUGCCUGUGAAGUGUUGCUGUUUCAUCACGAGGAUAUGGGCAUACCUUGGGAAAUUGCGAAGCUUGGAGUACGCCAAGGCAUGUGGGGAGCUGUGAAGAAGAUCGAUCCUGGUCUACGCAAGUAUCAGAAGGAACGAGCCUUGGAGGCUCCGCGGUCACGUUGUGCUUUCCUGGCACAGAUCAAUACUAAAGUCAGCCCAGACUACCUCAAGUCUCUAGAGAGUUCUGGUAAAGAAGAUCCAUCGGAGACUGAAGCCCAUGAUGAGCCGAGGAAACCCUUGGUGCCGAGGCUCCUGUUAGUGGGAGGGGCUAUCGCUCUUGCCUGCAGUCUCGACCGGGGCCUUUUCACCAAGGCCGUUGUAUUCGGAGUAGCUAGAAGGUUUGGAAACGCCGGACGGAGAUAGUGAUCGAAGCAGCUCUUAAUUCCUUGUACUCGACUCAAGGAUGCUGGUAUUUGUGCAGUUUAUAGUUAAGGGAGGAAACCGCCCAACUGGCGUGCUUCCUUUUAAGGGAUAGAGGGAUCUAUCGUAUUUUUGCCGACUCUUUUUUGAUCCAUUAGAUAGAUUCACAUGAGGCAAAAGAGAUCGUGUUGCUGUAAUAUACCAUCAGUAUUAAAUAACAAAAAUGUGAUUACUUUACAGUUACCUUAA